AAACUGAACAGAUUGUGUCAGCAAAUACCAGUGUAAACGUUUUCAUGCAAAGAAAAAGUAUACACUUACUCCUCAUAUCAAUAAACAUGUCCCUUUCAACUGCACAUUAACGCAAAAUUCUAUUAAGCCAAUUACGCGGCAGCAACUCAGAGCAUUUAGGCAUGCAGACAUGGUCAAGUUCACCUGCUAAAGUUCAAAGUGAGCGUCUUAAUGUAAAGGAAUCUCGAUUUAAGGGACGUUUAACUUGAUGUGAUUAUUUGUGCCAGAGGCCCUGGUCUGAAUGUUUCAGAAACUGCUUCCUGGGAGGGGCCGUGCUGAAACCUGCUGCUUUCUGGCAGAAAGCACCAUGCCCUACCGGGUUUUAAAUGCACUUUAAAACAGCGCGCAGCAACUCCACAUAUGAGCGGGCGGAGAAAGGUAUGGGGUCUUCACAUCCCUGCUCUCUGUUUGCCAUCGGGAUCGGUGGGGCCGGGAGGAGAAGUUGGUCGUCUGGUUGGGGUCUGGGAAGCUGCACCUCCCUGCUGCUGCAGGACCGAGGGCGGUCUGCUUGUCUCCACCCCAGGGCAAAGGGCAACAUCUCCAGGGUCUGGGGGGGAUUGCCCCUCUGGGGGUGGUGGUACCUGGACCUGGGGGUAUAGAGUAUGUUUGGGGAGUGUGAGUGUGUGUACAAUGUUCAUUUCUGUUUGUCUCCACGUUGGGAGAGCGCUGAGUAUAUGUGUGCAUGAAGGUGGGAAUAAAUCUUUCAAUUGGCCCCUUUUUUGUCACAUACAAUGUCACACGUACACGUUACAUGGAGUAAAAUUGGACCCCUUCCGACCAUACAUACAUAUACUACACAAACAUCACACUGGGGAAGACAACUCAGAGAGUUAGGAUGAUUAGGAAAAGCAAUGAAAAAAAAUACACAACGGGAGGAAAAAAAGAACUCUAUUUCAAACUGAGCUCCCAAUGGGAGAGCAGUUUGAGAAAAGGAAAAAAAAACACCUCAGCACAGAAGCGCAUUAAUUUUCACACCUUACAAAAAAAAAAAAUAAAAAUGUGUACGUGUGUGUGUCCAUGUUCAACUGUGAGAGAGUGCUCUUUCACCCAGGUAAGCAAAAGUCAACAGUCUCCAGCCGACGCAGGUGGCCUUGAAGGAUGUGAGUCAAAACACAGUCCCGUUAUCAGGGACAAUUGUGUUGUUUCACCCAGCCUUGGGCUUGGGACCUUCCAGCUCAUGAUGGGGUAGCCGCAUUUGAGAAAUGAUGGUUGUUUGGGUUAGUGUGAGGAGGAGUUAUAGGAGCACACAAAACUGAAUACACUGACAUAAGACACAGACCUUCAAAGUAAAACAGGAAACUCAACACACAUGCAGAGACACAGACUCAGAACUGACUGGACAGGAACAGAGGGAGUACAGAACCAAAACCUAAAAACUAGCAAAUCCUAACAGAAGACAUAACCAGAAUAAAUAAGAACAUAAGAUAAUAUUAACAAACACAAAACACUGAGUCAUCAGAUUCAGGACCAUGACACAGUUUUACAGAGAAUCACUAAUACAUUAUUUCGUGAUCUGGAUGAAAAUGGUCAGUCAUCUUUGACCUAAUAUGAUUGCAACAGUAACUAAAAUAAUAACUUGUUCCACCAAAAUAUAUAGAAAGACAUCUCUGAAUGUAAAACAUGCUUUGAGUAGAUAAGCUACACCAGCUUAAGACCACUGGAUGCCACUCCUGUCAGAUAAGAACAAGAAAAUGAGGACGCAGUUUGCACCACAUAAUUUGGACGACUGAAGAUUGGAAAAUGUCAUCAGUUCAUAUUAUUCUCAAUUUCUGCUCCCAAACUUGCAUGGUAGAGUCAGAAUUUGUCAGAAUGGUGCAUCUCCCUGUGCAUCUCUUCAUGAUCACAGUGUUCCGAUCUUCUGAUGGUUGCUUCCAGCAGGAUAACACACCAUGUCACAGAGUCCAGACAUCCGAAAGUGUUUUUCAAUCUGACAAAUGAGCUCCACAGUCACCACAGUCUUAAUCCAUUUGAAGAGCUUUGGGAUGUGGUAGGAUGUUCUGAAUGUGCAGCCAACAAAUUUACGGCAACCGUGUGAUACUAUCACAUCAACAUGAACCAGUAUCUCUAAGGAAUGUUUUUAGCAGCACGUUUAAUCAAUGCUGUGUAGAAUUAGGGUAGUUCUGAAGACAAAAGUGGGUCCAAACCAGUACGUGCAAGACAAACUACUAAAGUGUCUCAUGAGUGUAGAAUCGAUGAUGUGCACUGAUGUACAACUGUGAGGGCAAGAAGAGAAAGAAACGAUAAUAAUAGUAGCGAAAAUGAUAAUAAUAAACUCUCUCAUACGUUAUGUAAAAACCAGCAGUCAUUUUGUAAAGGUGUGAAUUUAUGUCACCAUAUGCUGUGUUGUUCUUUGAAGUAUUUGUCAUGAUCUCACUUAAGCACAUGCAGGAAGUGAAAUCUACAUUUCUUUUUUUGUGCUCCUCAUUAUCAGACUGCGGACUUUAAGACUGUUAGUUAAUCCCUGCACACCUAAAGAGAUCACAUCAAUAAAACACGAAAAACAAGCAGCGUUGAAGUGUAAUUCCUGAAUUCACCUGAUUUGAAGAGACAUCACUGAGAUAUCACCAUGGCAGCAGAAUAUAAUGACACAGAAGACAAUUACGGCAAUUACAGUGAUUUUGAUUAUGGAGACUAUGCUCCAGCCAACUCCACCGAUGUACAGGAAUUCAGCCAAGUGUUUCUUGCUAUUCUCUACAGUUUGGUUUUCAUCCUGGGCUUCAUAGGUAAUGGACUAGUGGUGUGUGUCCUGGUGAAGCACCGCAACCAGAGCAACUUGACAGACAUCUGCCUCUUCAACCUGGCUCUCUCUGACCUCCUCUUCGUCUUCACGCUGCCUUUCUACUCUCACUAUGCCAGGGUCGGCCAGUGGACUUUUGGAGACUUCAUGUGCCGUUUGAUCUCCGGAUCUCACCACAUUGGCUUCUUUAGCAGCAUCUUCUUCAUGGUUGUCAUGACGCUGGACCGCUACAUGAUCAUCGUGCACGCUCACAGGGUUGCACGUUUUCGCACAAAGAGGGCAGCCAUCAUUCUGACCGUGCUCGUUUGGAUGCUGAGCUUGUUUGUCUCUCUGCCGGAUUUUAUCUCCAUACAGGAAACAGAGGAGUACCAGGAGUUUGGAUGUGACUAUCCAGAGGAGAACAAAGUCUGGGAGAGCUACAACCUGUUCACCACAAAUGUGCUGGGUCUUGUGAUUCCCUUGCUGGUGAUGGUAGGUUGCUACUCCAGGAUCAUCCCCAGGCUGGUAAACAUGAGGACCGCGAAGAAGCAUCGUAUCGUCAAGCUGAUCAUCUGCAUAGUGGUUGUAUUUUUCUUGCUCUGGGCUCCAUAUAACAUUUCCCUUUUCCUGGAGUUUCUUCAGGAAAGAGAAAUAAUCCUCAAUGAUGAAACCUGGUACAAAAAUGUAAAGCUGUCAAUAACAGUGACUGAGGCAUUAGCUUACACACACUGCUGUCUGAAUCCCAUCAUUUAUGCUUUUGUGGGAGAGAAGUUUAUGAGACGAGCCUUGCAGCUGCUGAAAAAGUUGAUGCCUGGUUACAGCAGAGAUUUGUCAGACAGCUCAUUCAGGAAAAGCUCAGUUAUGUCCAGGGGCUCUGAAAUCACCUCCUCCUUUAAACUGUAGAAGGUGGAGGGCAGUUGUAAGUAUUUUGACCUGAAUGUUUCACCCUGUUAUUACUGCAGACCGUGUCUCAUAUUUUUUUUGUUAAUUUGGUCACUUCUAUUUGACAAAUACCACAGUGUUCUUCACCUGUGUGUCACCUUCAAAAUGUGUCUGUACACUUUUGGACCCUUUGAAUUUACAGUAAUUUCUUCCCCUGACUGUUAGAUUUUAAAUGUACUCAUUACUUCUUCAAUGCCUUUAAUGUGUGUCAGCACUGCCAAUUUACAGUAUAAUAAUUACUUUUGACUCUAAUUAUCAAAUGUUAAAUCUAAAUGCUGCCUACUUAUAAAAUUAUCCCGUUAGCUGUGCUGCCUGCUUUACAGAAUCUCGAGUAUCUCACUAUGUAAUGUCCUUCCUUCUUCAAGCGGAAUUAAACUUGCUGGUCCGUUAAACUGAA